GACAUUCUGGCCUUCAGUGGAUAGUGGCACUGAGCCAUCAUGGCCUGUAAACAACAACAGCGUCAAACUGAAGUAAACUCUAUCUGAUCGUCGACCUUGUUGUCUAGCGCUUGUCUAGAUUAGAAAAGAUACAACGAGGCGUUUUUCAACAAUGCGUCGAAGGUGUGUCUGAUUGAUAUCCUUACGAAAGGACAUCGUUCUCUUCAAUAGGUAGCUAACACGCCAUGUCCUCACAGCAACCUAACAGCUCAGCCUCCAACAGCCCCACCAACAUCUUAGGUUCUCCUUUUUCAGUGAUCAGUCCUUCGCUUAACUCCCCUGUGGUUUCACCCUCUCUUGGAUUUGGACCCAUCAGCAGCAGUCAGAUCUCUUCUUCAGCCCCCAUAUCAGGGAUGCAUUCAGUGAGCAGCUCAGAAGAUAUCAAGCCUCCAUUUGGCCUGAGGCCUAUGCCAGCUCACAGCCCAGGAAUAAUGCUGUCUCAGAAACGAAUGUGCGUGAUCUGUGGUGACCGCUCCUCUGGCAAACAUUACGGAGUGUACAGCUGCGAGGGUUGCAAAGGUUUCUUCAAGCGAACUGUACGCAAAGACCUGAGCUACACCUGCAGGGACAACAAAGAGUGCCUGGUUGACAAACGCCAGCGCAAUCGCUGCCAGUACUGUCGCUACCAGAAGUGCCUGGCCAUGGGUAUGAAGAGAGAAGUGAUCAAACAUGUAAAGGGGAUAAACGAAGAUGGAAAAGAUGAGGGAUGGAUGACUGUGCAGGAGGAGCGUCAGAGGAACCGAGAGCGUGAAGGAGAACUGGAGUUCAGUGGCGGAGCGAAUGAUGAGAUGCCUGUGGAGAAGAUCUUAGAGGCAGAGAUGGCUGUUGAGCAGAAAACUGAGCUUCACUCCGAUGGAGGCUCUGCAGGAAACUCUCCCCAUGAUACAGUUUCCAACAUCUGCCAGACUGCAGACAAACAACUGUUUGCUUUGGUGGAGUGGGCAAAGAGAAUCCCUCAUUUCUCUGAACUGCCCCUUGAUGAUCAGGUCAUCCUUCUGCGUGCAGGGUGGAAUGAGCUGCUGAUUGCUUCGUUCUCCCAUCGCUCCAUUCCCUUGAAGGAUGGAGUUCUUCUGGCAUCUGAGCUGCAGCGUGACAGUGCACACAGCGCAGGAGUUGGAGCCAUUUUUGAUCGGGAGAGCGUGCAGAGUGUAGAAGUUGGCGCCAUAUUUGACAGGGUUCUGACAGAGCUUGUCAAUAAAAUGAGAGAUAUGCAGAUGGACAAAACAGAGCUGGGCUGCCUCCGUGCUAUCGUUCUGUUCAACCCAGAUGCUAAAGGGCUGUCCAACACAGGUGAGGUGGAACUCCUCAGAGAAAAAGUCUAUGCAUCAUUGGAAGCUUACUGCAAACAGAAGUAUCCAGAGCAGCAGGGAAGGUUUGCCAAGCUCCUCCUUCGACUGCCAGCACUGCGAUCCAUUGGCUUGAAGUGCUUGGAGCAUCUCUUCUUCUUCAAGCUGAUCGGUGACACGCCUAUUGACACUUUCCUCAUGGAAAUGCUUGAAGCUCCCCAUCAGUUGUCUUAGAUAGGAAUUGUGUACUGAGAUAGCUGGAGUCUGGGAAGCGGGCGUGGGACUGGAGUGGCACUUUAAGUUCUUUUAAGAUUCGUCAGUUUGUCUCACUGCUGUCUGCGUUACACUUUGGUGCAACGCAGAUUUGCUCUUUAGACCAAACCCAAGGCUUGGCAUGAUGUACAAGCUGGUGCUAUAUGUCGUCAUAACUUCAUGAGUAACCAUAGUAAAACAUGAGUAUUUUUAAAAAUGUAAACAUUUACAUAUUUCUCUCACAGAUGCUAUAAUUUGGGUACUCAUUUUUAUAUGAACUUUUUAGACACCUAAACAUGAAGUUUCAGUUGUUUCUCCAUCUAAGCUCAUCCCUAAAGCAUUUUUAAGAUUAAAAAAAAAAAAAAAACACGAGAGAAGACAAGCUGAAUUAUGAGCAUGCAUUAAGGAUGCAAUCUUUUUCAUAAAUUUUAAUUCAAAACAGAUCUGAAAGUCCAUUAUUGUACCAAACAGUCGCUGGAAACUGUGUCCAACAGCAUCCUCCAGUUGACUUGAUAGAAUGCAAACCCUGGGAUAGAGGACAGGUUGAAACUGUCCAACCCAGCUCGUCUGUGUUGAUUGAGGAUCAGCUUUGUGUGUCUCGUAUAUGGUUAGUAUAUCUCCAUCUUUUCUAUUAAAAAGAAAAAAAAAUCACUUUUGUGGUUGAUGAUUAGACUGUACUGAACACAUUCUAUGGACUAUUUCUCAAACAUAACUUUAAACAAACACCUGGCCUCUUAAGUUGUCAAGCGUUUGUCUUUUGGUGCUAUUUCCGAGAUAAUUUGACAUUAUUGGUGCAGUUGCACCUAACCACAAACCUAAGAAUAUAUGCAAAAUUAAGAAUUUCUUUGUUUAAAAUGUAGCAAUAUGAAAUGUAAACUGCAUACGCCUGUCAAGUUAUUCAGGGGUUUAAAAAGUAAGUCAUGUCCAGUGCAAAGGGAAUAAUCCAUUUUGUAAUUUAUAUGAUUUUAAGGUACUGUGCAAAAUUAAUUGUUCAGGGAAAAUGUACAUUGGAAAAUAUUAAUUCUGAUCAGGAAAUGCAAAUUAUAAAAUUCAUAAUAUGUGCCCUUGUUUUUAGUUUUCACUUGUAAAAAGCAGAAUGUGUCUUGGGUUGCACUGGAUUUGCUGAGACUGUUUCAGCUUUUUUUUUUUUUUUGUGCUCUUUUGAUGCUCGGUUGUAUUUCCUACUUUUCCCUCUUGUUUUGUAGGUAGCUGUCUUGUUCAUCGUAAUAUUUCUGCAGUUUAUUAAAAAGCAAAUUAUAAUCACAUUUAGAUCCAUAACACCUGUGGACAUACAGAUUUUUUUUUAAACAAGACCAAAUGAGGUCUGUAUGAUGGCCACGUGUUAACACCAGAUGAGCUGUGUUGGUGAGCUUGUCAUCGAUCUCUAUGCUCUUGAAAGUUAAGUGACUUGAAGCAUGGGUUGUGUGGACUAAAAAAGAAUAAAAAAUGAAGACGCUUAAGUUUUA